CUUCUGAGUAUAAAGCAAAAGAGCAGAGAAGAAGAAACAAGCAGAUAAAAGAAAUGGAGAAGGAAGCCCAGAUCUCGUUCUGCAGUUUUUGCAUCAUCAUUCUUGUUCUUUGGUGUUCAUCCCCAGCUGCCAUAGCUCAAGAAGUCGAGGAUGAGCACGAGUUCAGUUAUGAUCCGGAGAGUGAGACUGGGCCGCAUAGGUGGGCGGAGAUCCAUGCCAAUUGGAGCAUGUGUGGGAAGGGAGAGAUGCAAUCUCCAAUUGAUAUGUUGAACGACAGGGUUGAUGUGGUCUCCCAUCUAGGAAGACUCGAGAGGAGUUACAAGUUCUCAAAUGCUACUCUCAUGAAUAGAGGCCAUGACAUGAUGUUGAAAUGGGAAGGUGAUGCAGGACAUAUGAAGAUAAAUGGAACAGAGUAUGAUCUAAAACAAUGUCACUGGCACUCACCUUCGGAACACACCAUCAAUGGCGAAAGAUUUGAUCUAGAGCUGCACAUGGUUCAUCAGAACCCUAGCGGGCAGAUUGCAGUAGUUGGAAUCUUGUACACAAUUGGGAGACCCGACCAUUUCCUGUUGGAGUUGACAAAGGAUUUGGAAGCAGUUUCGGGUACACAUGAAAAAGAGACGGCAGUAGGCAUGGUUCACCCGAAGCACAUAAAGAUAGGAAGCAGAAAAUACUACAGAUACAUUGGCUCUCUCACAACCCCUCCUUGCCUUGAAGGCGUUGUUUGGACCAUUGUUAAAAAGGUGAGAACUGUUUCGAGAAAUCAAGUGAGACUACUUCGCGUGGCGGUUCAUGAUGAUGCAGAUUCUAAUGCCAGACCAGUUCAACAACUAAAUGACCGCAAACUGCAACUCUUCAGACCACAAGAUCCCGAAAGAAAUUGA